AUGCCUCAGUAUUUUAGAGCAGGUAUAAGAGAGGUGCCACCACUCUAGCAGUAAAAGUGAAGGUUCAUAGUACCAGUCGCACCACCCCACUUCAACCACUGAUCUCAGCCCACCAUAGGGACCCCUUUAACCUUUAACCCCCCCCCUUCCAGUGCCCCUUCAUCCCCCCUAGUGGAGGAUAUGGUGGAGCUGGACGGCCGGCAGCAGAGAGUCUACCACAGGGCUGCCAGGAUGAUACAGAGGACAUGGAGGAGACAUGUGGUGGGUGGAACCACAACACAACACACACACACACACACACACUAGCAUGCACAGACUGUGUAACUUCUCUAUCUCCCAUGUGUAGGAUACACGCGUGUUCCAGUACUUCAAGAACCUUGUGAGGUUCCGUAACCAGGGAGACCCUCGACUCCUGCUCAAAUACGUCAACCCCAGAGAGGUUAGACACCUUACACACGCACAUACACACACACACACACACAGACACACACAUUGACCAUAAUGAAUGUUACUGUGGUUGUUGCAGGCAGAUAUUCUGGAUGCUGCGGCAGGAGUCCACAUCAGAUUCAGACUGGGAGGGGUAAGUUCAUUUUGUCAGUGCUAAAAUGCAGAUUAUAAACUGGGUGGUUCAAGCCCCGAAUGCUGAUUGGCUGACAGCUGUGUUAUAUCAGAGCUUCUGAAAAAGAACAGGAGAGCCUCUCACUUUAGGAGCUCAUAUGCAAUCAUUUAAUAACCAACGUUUGGACAGACAAGCUGUCUUUAUCAGACCGUAUACCACGGGUAUGACAAAACAAUAAUUGGUAUUGCUCUAAUUAUGUUGGUAACCAGUUUUCAAUAGCAAUAAGGCACAUCGUGGAUAAGAACAGCCUUAGCCGUGGUAUAUUGGCCAUAUACCUCCCCCCGAGCCUUAUUGCUUAAAUAAACACCCAUCACUCGCAAUACUAAUACCUGAAUUUAUUUCAAAACCUAUCUGCGAUGAUUUAUGCAAUACAAAUAGAUGUGUGCAUGCUAAUGUGAGAUUUGUUUUUCUCUCCCCUCAUAGACCACCUUUCCACCGAGCAUCUACUAUAAGAUCUACACCCACCGACCCAUCGUGGACAUGUGUGCCAACAGCCCCAAGGACUACACCCACCCCAGGCAGAAGAGGCCCGUCCCCAGGCAGAUACACAAUGGGAAGCCCCAGGUGCAGGACGACCAUGCUGGCUGGUACCGCCGCGUGGAGAACAACGGCUGGAGACUGCUGUCUGGGAAGGUGGUGCAGAAGUUCUAAAUCCAUGAUAUCACACUGUAUCAGAUGUGGGUUCAGUAUGAUAUGGUUGGAACCGCGAACAGAGAUACUUUGUUGCCUUCGUUGCUUUAGUGCAGGACUCAGCGACUCUGUGAAAGAAGAAUCAUUUGAGAAGCGCUGUGCUCUCUCUCUCUGUAUUGGUUCAGGCUGCUCUGUUAGGUGACAUCAUCACGUUGGAGACCAAUGGCAGGAAGGUGGAGUUUCACCAUUCCAAACUGCAGCGUCGUCAGGACGUGGACAGGAGGAAGAAGAGGAGGAAGAUGGAAUGGCUGAAGCAGAUGUGAGUUAGUGUGCGUCCUUACCUGCAACAGCACUACUCACCUGUCCCCUCACCUGUAUGCUCAAACUGCAUCAUUAUUGCUAACCUCUAAUAGCCUCACCUGUCCCUCUACCUGUCCGCCUCACCCUCACCUGUCCCUCUACCUACUGUCUGCAGGUAUGACCUUGGCUGUCUGCAUGCGCGUACAGAGUAUAGUGAGACAGCCAUGCUGGUGGAGCGGUCAGCCCAGGGCAUGAUGGACGCCAUGGAGCAGCUGGGACCCAACCACAUCGUAGAGUGGGAGGUGGACGAACUACUGGAGUGGACCAACGCUCUCAACUUUGACGAGUAACUAACCACCAUAAUAUGUAUAUUUUUUUAUGAUCCUUUAUUAUAACAGGUGAUCCCAUUGAGACAGUUGGAAUACGGUGUUACCCAAAGCAACAAUGUUUUUUAAAUAUUUCUGCAGGUAUAUUAAUGACUGGAGGGAUGUGGGCACCAGUAAUUCCUCUGAGUCUUGUAAAGGUAAAAUGAUUUAUUCCUUGACCUGACUCAGCACAUAAUAACCACACCAACAACAUCAGUGGGAUUAUAGCACCCCCUUCUGGUCAAAGGGAGUAAUAAGUCUCUUUCACUCUAUUUCUCCUUCUGCCCAAGAUAAGAGGCUGGUACCGUCCAAGCUGGAGCCUUGUGUUGAGUUCACUGUGCUGGGGCAGGAGGACAGCCAGGUGGACACUUACAGCAGUAUCCUCCACCCUUUGGUCUCCAGCCUCAUCAAGUCAGAACACUCCAAGGCCAAUUUCUCUGACUGA